AUGGAUCAUCAGCAACGAGUUCAAGCUCCAUCGCACACCAAGAUCGAAAGAAGGCUCAUAGAGAAAAACCGGAGAAACCAGAUGAAGAUCCUCUACUCCAAACUCAACUCUCUUCUCCCAAACUUCAACCCUAAGCAAAUGAUUCCACUGCCUGAUCAGAUAGACGAGGCCAUAAACUAUAUAAAGAGUUUAGAGGCAAAGGUGAAGAUGGCUCAGGAGAAGAAAGAGAAGUUAAUGGGAAAGAAAAGGUCUCAUGCUUGUUGCAGCUCCAGUUCUUUUGAGACAAAGAGAAGCCGAAAUUCACCCCAAAUUCAGAUUCACGAAAUGGGUUCGUCGCUGGAAGUAGUCCUGAUUAAUGGUUUGGAUAAUCAGUUCAUUUUCUAUGAGAUUAUUUGCAUACUGCACGAAGAGAACGUGGAGGUUGUAAGUGCCAAUUCUUCACUCGCCGGAGAUUCAAUGCUAAACGUUGUGCACGCACAGAUUCAGCCAUCUCUGUAUGAAUUCGGAGCUACCAAAGUAACCGAAAGAUUGAAAAGGUUUGUGUAUGGUUCCGCCAGUGACGUAGAAUUACAGCCAGCCGAGCUGCAAGAUUACUUCCAAAUUGAUCAAAGUUUUGGUUUGCUCAUGUCAAAGAACAUUGCCAUAUUGUUCAGCUGUGAUAUACAUCUCCCGCGGUUGCGCCUUUUUGGCCAUAUGAGACAUAACCAUUAUAUCACACCAAAAUCUAUUGGAGAUCAGAAGACAUAUCCUUUGGCUGUAUAG